AUGUACGGGUGUUUUGAUCUAAUCGGAUUGCUUUACCAGGUAGGGUUAAACAAUUCUGUCGACGAUCCUCAGGCAGAGGUGAAGAUGCGGGUCGAGAGAGAUGAUGCGAGGAUGGAAGAGAAGAUUAGGACGGUCAACAUGGAGACUAAGUCAUGGGACGAUAUAUUAAUUCACGAGAAGGAGGAGAACAAACGCUUGUACCAACAGAAGAAAGAUCUUGCAGAAAGGGAAAAGAACCUCGCAGCUCGGAUUGCUCUGCUGAGCGAACAGAAGAAGUCACUGGAUGAUGGCAAAUCUGUGGACGCCGUCAGCAGAGACAGCAAAGUCAUCGCUCUGCAGGACAAACUCGCUGCCCUCACUCAACAACAGAAAGAGUUGGAGCUGAAGCUCAGCGCUGCGCAGAGGAAGUCUCUUCCUGCAACCCCUGAGGGUAAGAAACGACCUGCUUCAGCUGGUGCGCACAAGCAGGCCGCGCCAGCGCAAGCCAUGGCGCAAGGAGAUCCACAUGAUGCGAGGUUUGUGAUCAAUGACCUGAAGCAAAAGAUCUUGCAGACGAACAUCCAGAUCAAGAAUUUGGAGGAGGAGAAAGCCAUGGCAGACCUUGAUUCGACACUCAACCUGUAUUCCAACAAUGCGUUGUCCAACGAGAAUGACCUCAAGGAAUUCGAGAGGUUGAAAGAAGAGCUCAAGAACAGAGAGGCAAAGUACAUCCUGGCAAAGAGCAGGUUCGACUCGCUGGACCAAGAGUACAAAGAGUACUUGGAGAAGCAUAAGGAGUUGAUGAACCAGGCCGACGACGUCCAGAAGCAGAUCAUGGACCAGCAGAAGCAGCAACGCGCAGUCGAGGCUCAAAUCAAGCAGCUGAAACUUCGUCGAGACCACGAGACGGACCUGAAGAGCAUACUGGAGGACAUGAAGGAAGAGCUGUCCCUUCUCAAGGAGGAGAAUCAGAAGCUGAAGGAAGACAGCAUGAGUGGUGAGUCAAUCAUCGCGCAGUCGGAAGUUCAAUCCAAGGAGGUGGUGAAGCUGCAAGAAGAGAACGAGACCCUGCUGCAGAGCAUCAAGGACAAUCAAACACGGGCGGAAGAGCUGAAGACGCAGCUGGCCGAUGCCAAGGAGAUUCAGUCAAAGCUUGCUAAAGAAGUGAAGGCGCGAGAGAAGGAGAUGAUGGAGAUGAUGAAGACGCACGAGUCCUUGACCAACUCCCUGCGAGAAUUCAUGCAAUCAGCAGAGGAGGGGAAGGAUGCGGCAGACCUGCUCCAUAACAGUUCGAUCAUUCCCGGUAGCUCAGAGAAGCCCACCAAGGCGCAGGAGGAAGAGGGAGCGUUGAGGGCUCUUGAGCAAGUGAUGGAGCAUGUAGAGGCCAAGGGGAUGCGCCCGUCAACGCUCUUUACGGGAUGGGAUGACAAUUCCGAUGGUUUCGUAUCCCAGGAGAUUUUUGUGGAAGGGAUGAUGGCGUUGCGAGCUGGUCUACAGAGAGAGGAAGUUCGACGACUGUUCAAGAAGUAUCUGAGCAAUGCAGAGAGGUCAGAGUUGUCGGAAGACGAAUUCCACAAGAUGAUGCAAGACGGUGAAGAGGCGCUUGCAAGGAAGAAAGAAGCAGCCGCGGGUGGUGGAGAGGACGUGAACAGGCUGAAAGCAGAAAUCAGGAAAUUGAGGGCUGUCAAUGGCCAACUUCUUCAAGAGAAGGAUGAGAUGUUUCAGAAGCUGAAGGAAGCCGACAGAAUGAGGAAGUCCACGGUCAAGAGCGGAGAGCUGGAGAGCGCUGAGAGGCUUCGAGACCUGCAAACUCGUCAAGCGGCGGAGAUCAGGAAACUCGAAGAAGAGCUGUCGCUGGCCAGGUACAACGAGAAAGAUCUCGAGCGACUUGUCGAGGCUCGCAACCUUUCGGAGUCUCACGACAAGACCUCUGCCUCUUUGUCCAGCAAGAAGACCAACUGUUUGAUCCUCAACUUGUCCUCGUUCAAGCUGGAGGAAUGGAAGGACGAGGAGCCCACAACCUUCUUCUCCAUCGACUUCUUCGCGCAUGAGACGCAAGUGACCAACCCCGUUACCGGCCUUGAAGUGAGCUUGGGAUGGAGCCGUGAGUUCGAGCUGGAGGUCGACGACGUCUUCCUUGAGUACGUGGAGAGAGAGUCGAUCAUCCUCGACCUCAUGAGGAGGACGAGUGGUGAAGUUCCCUUCUCCCGCAUGGCGUCGGCUGAUGUUCGCCUCGCCCCGCUCAUGGAGGAUGCUGGCAUCCUGAACCAACGUCUUGAACUCUUCGGCAUUGACGGAAAGAAACUUGGCUACGUCGUUGUGAACAUCCGCAUGAAGGACUCCAUCGCUCCCCUCGUGGCCUCCUAUCGUAGAAUCAAAGACAGGACCUCAGAAGCCGCGAGCAUGGAAGCUGCCGCCUUCUUCCGCCACAUCUCUGUUCCUCUGGACCAAAUCGUCCUCAACGUCAUCGUCGUGCGCUGCCAAGGGCUGCGGUCCUCUCGCUACGGCGUUCUGCCAUGGCCGUACGUACAGUACGAGCUUCCAGGGUCAGGGGAGGACCCGCACACGACCAAGACGGUGGAGAAGGAAGGAAACCCCGUCUACGAGGACAGGAGGAGCUGGAGGUUGAAGAGCCCUGCGACUGCGUUCGCACUGCGAGACCUCGAGCUGGAGGUCUUCGUGUUUGAUGACAAUGAGACAGACGACCUGCAGGCGUUCGUCGGGCUAGCGAAAGUCAGUCUGGCCCAGCUCUUCCAACAGGACAGCCCCAAGAUCGAUGGAGAUUUUCGGCUGCAAGACAGCAGAGGAGCGGAGAAUGGCACGAUUUCCUUGCAGAUCUCCUGGUCCAGAAGCGAGACCUCCUCCCCUGCCCCUUUUCCCGUUGAGGGCUCCGAGAAGAAGGCAGCUCCGAAAGAAGCGUCCCCGCAGGAUAGCAUGAAAAAGUUCUUCGAUCUGAUAUCAAGAAGAGGACAGGAUCACCUCAAGUCUUUCGAUGAGAUCGAUGCGAAGAAGGACGGCAUAAUAGACGAAGACGAGUUCAUGGCGGAGAUGGAGAAGCAUUCCUCCUCGAUCUCAAAGUCGGAGGCAAAGAGUCUCUUCCAACACAUGCGCGAGAGACGAGGAGCGAUCGAUGUGGCAAGCUGGCACUUGAAUAGCCUUCCUACCCUCAAGACUGCGAUUAUCACAGCUAAUCCCCCUGAGAUAGAAGGAAACAUUGUCUUCCUCCUCAAGAAUUUAUCGUUCAACACAGACUUGCUUUCAGUUUGCGACCUCUUGAAGUUUGAGGUUGAGGUUUCGAGACUUGAAGACAGAAAGCAGACAAGUCGGGUCUACGAGACACCCUCACGUGACAAGUCGCUCUCGACGUUCGAGAAGUUUGCGAUCAGAGUCGGCCAGGAGCAGGAUGUUGUGACGAGGCUGGAGCCGAUCUUCUCUCAGAGUUCAACGUCGGAAGUUCACCUCACCCUCGCGGUGAAAGGGGUGACUUUCGAUCGUGUGCUACAAGAGAAGCAAGUGCUGGCAACCUGCAGGCUCGACCUCAAGAAGCUUUGGAGGGAAGGGAAGGACCGAGAAGAGCUCGCGAGCCCUAUCAUGGAUGCAAGGCAGCAUGAGGUUGGGACUGUAAGGGGCUCGCUCUAUCUGAUGCAGCCCCUGUCCAAGAUCGAGAAGCUGGUCACAAAGGCAGCAGAGGCCGAGCAAAAGGCUGCGAAACAGAGCGUGUCCUCCUCCUUCUCCAAGCUGAAGCCAGGCACCGGCCAUAUCCAGCUCCAGCUCCAGCAGAUCAGUCUGCAGGAUCCCUCUGACCCAGCGAUCAAGGAGGCAGGGGCGAACUUGUGCGUCUCUGCCAACUUCUUCGACCUGCAGACAGCAGAGGAGGAAUGGAAACAGCGAUCCUCCUCCUUCGACCUGCCGCAGUCUCUCCAUCUGAACCACAUGAUCGAAUUUCCCAUCGACGCAGAGCACAACGAGAGUCACCUGAACUACUUCGUGCGCUGCUUGAAAGCAGAUGAGGACAGAGACAGGGGAGCGAUCAAGGUCCUGCUGCUCAACAGCCCCAAGGACGGUGGAGAGGAAGGAGGCGAAGCUGCCAAGGUGCUGGCUGUCUCUCAGCUCUCCAUCUUCGACCUCCUUCACCUUCGGCCGGAGGACAACCAGGAGUUGAAGUGCAGCGCAAGGCUGCUGGAGCCAAAGACGUCCAGAGUCAUGGGAGAGGUGGUGGCGACCUUGAAGUUGCAGAACCUGAACAUAUUCAACUUCACGAGUUGCACUUUCAGCCCCCAUGACCUGGAGAGGCACGUGGGCAUCUUGCUGAAGAGUGUUGCUCUUCGCCCCAGCGCGCAUGUCAGGGACGUGGAGAGAGUGAGUCUGGUCGUCGAUCUUGAAGGUUGCGCGAGUUACAGGUCAAAGGCUGUGUUUGUCAAGGAGACGUCAGUUGACCAGAAACUGCGAGAGAGAUUGUCUCUGAAUGAGAAGAUCCUGGUUGACGUGGACAAGUAUCCUCUGAUCAGCUCGAAGCUCGCCGCAGGGAGGAGGAUGGAAGUCAACAUCACGUUGAUCAGCGCCAGCGAUUCAUCCGUCGUUGCCGAACUCCACGAGACCUCACUGAGUCUGGAGCAAGACCUGCGUGACCGCGAGUUCGAGCUGAAGGACAAGGCCGGGCAAGUAGCUGCUAUUUGCAAGAUCGACUGGUUGGCCGACAAGGCUGUGCCGGCUGCGGGCAAGGUUGAGGUCCCGACGAGCAAGCUCGGUUUCACCUUGAAAUCUCUGUCGUUGGAGAGCGGCGACCAGUCCAAGAGCGAGGAGGUGGAAGACGUUGUGGUUGAGCUGAAGGUGGUGGGAGAGAGAGUAGGGGAUUACAAGAAGGCUCCUUUGAAAGAGCUUGCAGAUUCGGAUGAGACCUUGAAUGUUGACCUCUCAGACCUGGCAGACACCAGCAGCCAGAAGAGCUGGAGGGAUUUGAUCUCAAGCAAGAAUUCCCAACAGGGCAACCCGAUGACUCUAGAGCUGAUCGUUUCAUCGUCCAAAGGAGAACAGGCUGAAGAGAUGUGCAGAGGAAGGAUGGAAUUUGGAGAUUGGAUAGCUGGGGAUGUUGAGGACCGAGAGGUCAAGGUAGACCUCAAGGGCAAGGACGAUCAAGGGAUGGGACAAGCAAGAGUGUCGGUGCAGUGCCAGCGUGCGCUGAGGACAGUCGGGAUGAGGAGCCAAGAGCGAAAGGUGGAGGCAGCAACCGAGGCUUCACAGUACGUCUCAUGGACUAGGAAAGGUCUCCGUCACGUCCUGUCAGAAGGAGACAAGAGCUCGAACCUGUCCAUGGCCUUCAAGGACGGCAUGCUGUCCAACAAGUUCGCGAGCAACAAGGGCCCCGUCUUCCUGUCCGUCGACCUCUUCCAAGACGAUCAGCUCUACAGCAAGGGGAACGACGAGCUCGCCAUGCAGGGGACGGAUGCUUACUUACUCCAGGAUCGCAUGACGUUCGGGGACAGCUUCCUCUUUCCCACGGGCGAGAAGUUCGUGAAGAACCGAGAGAGGAUGUUGAAGAGGAAGGAGAGCGAGGAGUUGUCAAUUGAAUGUCUAAUGUAUCAAGAACCCUGGAAGGCAGGAACGACGUGCUGUGCUCGAGGUUCAGUUACGCAGAAACGAUGGAAGGAGAGCGAGGGAAAGAAGAUUCAGGUGGAGCUCAUGGAUGGGAACGAGGUGGUUGCUGUUGCGAGUGUGGAGGUUUAUUACAAGACAUGUAAUCUUGUGUGA